AUAUUUUUACAUCAAUUCACGUACACACAUACAUAGUUAAGCUUUUCCCAAUAAAAAUAUGAAAAUAAAUCAAGAGCAAACCCGUUAACACUAAGCAUUCACCCAACAUGUACGAAACUGUGGCCCGCAGAUGUUCCUGAUAAGCCGAAAGGGCGGCACACUGCUGACCAUCAACAACUUCAUCUACCGCUCCAAUCUCAAGUUCUUUGGCAAGAGCAACAACAUUCUCUAUUGGGAGUGUGUCCAAAACCGAUCGGUCAAGUGCCGCAGUCGCCUGAAAACCAUCGGCGAUGAUCUCUACGUGACCAAUGAUGUGCACAAUCACAUUGGCGACAACAGGCGCAUUGAGAAUGCCAGGGCCUCUGGCAUGCUGAUCCACAAAAAGCUGAGCUCGCUCACGGCCGCCGACAAGAUGCAGGGUUCUUGGAAGCUGGAAACCACCGAGGCAAACCAGGACCCGCAGCCUAAGAUGUAACCAUCUGCCACUUUUUAGCCAUUCCCCUUUCAUUCGACUUACAUUUUUUAAGCUAAAGCUAUUGUUUUCGUCAAGUUUAUGUCCGAUUUGUAGACUGAGUGUCCCGAGCCCAGUUAGGAUGGGUAAGUACCCUACCUGGGACUUCAUCAAUACGAGUCCUGUGAUUCGUAGAAUUAAUUCUGUUUAUGGCAAAGGGAUACAAAAUAGGAAAUUUCUAAUAAAAUCAUAUGAACAUCUAAGCUAAAUACAUUUUAAA